GAUGCCGGAGGCGCAGGGGCCGGCGCAGAUCCCGCGGGACGUCCUGGGCCGGCCCCCGAAGGAGCUGAAGCGGCUGGCGAGGGAAGGCUGCUGGGCCGGGAGCCACGCGGGCCGGGCCCGGCUCUACCCCCGGCUCAUCCAGCGCGUCUCCUGCCGCCUCGUCACCCCCGACGCGCUCGUGUACCGCGACGUGGCCGCCCGGCUCUUCGGGAAGCCCAGCGUGAGCUCGCACCCCCUGCCCGAGUUCCUGGAGGGCUGCCCCGUGCCCACCUACUGCCUCAGCCCGCACGGCGUCACGGCCCUGAAGAAGAUCCUGAUCUGCGUGGGUGCCCUGUUCCCCGACAUCACGCACAGCCCGCUGCUGCCGGCGCUGGCGGCGCUGCUGCUGCACUACAGCGAGGACGAGGCCCAGUGCUUCGAGAGCCUCUCGCGCCUCAUCGCCAGCAACGCUCCCCACGCCGCCUACAUCGACCAGUCCUUCCUGGCCCACCAGGCCUCCUGCAUGACCUUCGGGGACCUGGCCAGCAAGCACUGCCCCGCGGCUCACAAGCUCAUAGCUGGCGCCGCCGACAACGUCCUCGAGGUCUACUCGGAGUGGCUGUCGUGGCUCUUCCCCGGGCUGCCCUUUGGCUACGCCGUGCGCGUGCUGGACGUGUUCCUGCUGGAGGGCCAGAAGGUCCUGUACCGCAUCGCCCUGGCCCUGCUGAAGCAGUUCAGGCUCUCGGCGGCCCCGGCCGGGCCGCAGGGCUCCGACAUCAAGGCCGAGCUGCAGGCUUUCGUCAGGAACAUCACCGAGCACGUCACCGUGGACAAACUCCUGGAGAGAGCCUUCGGCAUCCGCCUCUUCUCCCGCAAGGAGAUCUGGCUGCUCCACAUGGCCAACAGGAAGGCCUUGGUGGAGAGGGGCAUCACCGUGGUGCAGAGGAGCAGAGGGCCCCAGCCUGGCCUGAUGUCCCUCCCCCCCAGGCCGUCCUUCCACCUGGCUGUGGACAUGCAGAAGUUCAGCUCCAGCACUGUCACUGCGCAAGAGAUGCGCCUCGUCUGGUCCUGGCUCCCCGAGCGCUUCUCGCUCUUCCCCCCGCUGCUGCUCUUCUCCACCUCUGAGGACGGCUGCAGCCUGCAGAGGUUCUACACGUGCUGUGAAGGCUACGAGCCCACGGUGCUGCUCAUCAAAACCACCGAGGGGGAGGUGUGUGGGGCCUUUCUCUCCUCCGACUGGGCCGAAAGGAAGAAGAGCGGAGCCACGUCGGGCUUUUUUGGGACAGGGGAGUGCUUUGUGUUCACUGUGCGCCCCGAGGCAGAGAGGUACGAGUGGGUGCUCAUCAAGAAGCCGGAGCUGGCCAAGGCCGUGCCGCGCUCCCGGCAGCGCUCGCCUUCCCCCGCUCCCGAAUCCCCGCUCGGCUCCUCCCGGGACAGCCGCAGCUCCAGCCCCAACCACCUGGCCGUGCCCUCGCCGCAGGGGAGAGGCCGCCUGUCCCCGUUCCUGGCCAUCAGGCACUUCCUGCUGCCCUCCAAAACGGCCUCCAUGUUCAUGUCCGGCUCCCGGGACGGGAUCGUUAUCGGCGGAGGGGGAGGCCAAGCGCUGUCCCUGGACGCCAGCCUGCUGCGGGGACACACGGAGCACUGCGAGACCUUCGACAACCCCCCGCUCUGCCAGGAGAACUUCCAGGUGCAGCUCUUGGAGGUGUGGGGCUUUCAAAGAGCCUAGGUGCCCUGGGGACACCCCUGUGUGCCACCCACAGGCACGGGGACCCCUCCCCGUGCUGGCACCCCCGGCCCGGCUGGGGCCACCUGGGCACAGCUCCGCUCCCCGUGGUCCCCUCCGCGGCCAGAACGGAGGAGAGCAGAACGGAUCAGACUGGAUCAGAUCGGGUCAGACUGGACCAGAUCAGCCCUUGUGGGGCUGCGGAGAGAGGCCAAGGCUGUGCCAGGGCCGGGACUGCGGGCGCUGCCCCUGGGGACAUUCGAGGUCCCCUCCCACAGUUUAGACCUGGCCCAAUCCACCCAGUCUGGCCCAGUUUGGGGAGCUGGAGGGGAGGGCAGCCCAGCUGGAGCUUCUCACACCUCUCUGGCCUGUCUGCAGUGUAGCGCUCAGCAAACAGGGGCAGCACGGGCAGGUCUUGUGGGAAUUCUGAGGCCAGGCUCCAACACUGAGCUCCAGAGCUCAGCAGAAACACUCUCACAUCUGCUUCCCCCCGGCCCAGCCCAGCACGGCCCCUCAGGCAACCCAGGGGGUUCUGCAGCCUCCGUGGGGAUCCAGGACUGCCUGGGACCCUCCAGCACUGGCAGAGACUCUCCUGUCCCUGGCUGGAAGUGCUGCCGGGGAUGGCAAAGCCCUGCCUGGGAUUUGGGGGGUGCCUGGGCUCUGCCGAGCCUUUGCCGUGCUGAAAGGCACCCUGACAGGGGUCCUUUUUUCUUGCCCCUUAUUCCAUUGCUGAAUAAAGUUCCAAACUCUUGGAGGAGUCCAACAAAGUCCAGCACAAAGACACGGUGGGGGAGCAGCGGGGCCGGGAGGCAGAGGGGACGUGUGAUGGGGUGUAAAGAGAUCUGGGACCUGCUCCCACUUCCCUGGAGAGGGUCAGCACCCCAACCCCUCUCCCCAUGGCCCCACAGCACCUCAACCCCUUACCCUAC